GUGCAGAUCCGAGUGUCAGUCCUGGCGGCCGGAGAGGAGGAAGAGGAGGAGGAAGAAGGGGAGGACGGCAGCGAGUCGUGCCCGGCGGCGCGGGGCGGCGGCAGCUGCAGCGAGGAGGACUCGGGGCUGUGCGGGCGCUCCAGGUGAGCCCGCCGGGCCGGGGGCCGGGCACCGGCGGGGAAGGGACCCAGCGGCGCAAGCGUUUCUCUGCGGGCCUCGCGGAGCGGGGCCGCCGCCACCCACGUAACGGUGCGGCCGCAGCUGAUGCAACGCCAGUGGGGAAGGGUGGGAGACGCUGCAAGUCCUCCAGCGGUGACGGGGACCGCCGCUGGGCGGGAUCUGUCCGCAGCGGCGGUGAUUCCCCCCCCGGGCCGCGAGUGCUCCCCCUCCCCGCGGCCAUAGCCGGGGCCAGGCUGUGGGCGGCUGUCCGGCGCUGCGGGAGGAGCGGGACAUGGCUUCCACUCAGCGGGAAGUGCCGGGCUGUGGUGUCCUCGACAUUUCCAUUUCACUGCCUUUUAAAGAGCUUUCGGGUUGGUUGGUUGGUGGUGUGUUUUGCGUUGGAUUUUGUUUUUCUUCAGUAGAAUUAAGGCAUGGAGAACCAGAUCCGUUUGGUGGGUUUGGAAACAAGUUGUCGAGGCAUGAACUCAAGACCAGUUUAAAUGCAGGAGAAACUACCACUUUAUAAUCGACUCAACACUUAUCUUACUGAUAAUGCUAAUAGUGCUGUCUAUAUUUAAUAACUUGCAGUUGUUGAUUACCAAUGCCUAAAGUUGCUUUGAUGCCUACUAGAAUAUCUUACUUGUAAAAGGCACAUCUGGGAUUUUAGUGCCAGAAAACUGUAGAGAGACAGUUGGAACUUAAUGCUGUAAAUGACGUUUCCACAUAGUACUUAUUAAUACAAUACCUUAUUCUUUUGGAGACUCAGCAAAAUCUUGUCAAAAGGUUAAACCCUAUCCAGAAAAUUUAAUAUAUUGUAUGUCACUUGAUAUUUAAAAUCCCAAAUCUAUUCUCCAUACAGAUAUGUUUAGUUUCUUGUGUAGCCAGAUGAGUCAUGGUGUUAAAAGGUUGGUUUUCAGUCUGUCUUGUUUUGACAAGCAUAUCCAUCACAAAGCUCUGAACAAAGUAAAUGAAAGCUGUGAAUGACGCUUUUUGUGUGUGUGUGUCAGUGUUGACUGACAUUGCUUUAUCAACUACCUUUGCAGUAGAGUUAAUACCCUAGAGGUACUACCAGUUGUUCAUUACUAUGAAUUAAUACGGAGCUAGUUACAAAUUUCUGCAUUUGCUGUAGGUGGAAUUUCUGCAGAGUACUUAGUGAGGACUGUUGUAAGAGCUCAUCUUUGCAAACAUGCAUUACAAAUACAUGCAAAUUCUCUAAAAAAACCCUGUAAACUCCAUCCUGAAUCAAAGGUCAGCUUUUCUUAGCAGAGUGUGGAUACAUAAAAAUGCCUAAAUGUUAUAAAUACUAGUUCUGAAUCCACAGUGAAUGAAAACGAUAAGUCGUAACGUCAGGGAAUAUAAUGAAUGAAAAACAAACACUUAACCUUGUUCUUUCUUCCUUUUGAAACCAACACUCACAGCUCCAUUAACAGUUGAAUUUAUUUUUUUUUUUCCUGUCUUAAUCAUAACUUCAUCUGUUACCCUUCACUUCCAGCAUUGUCACAUAAAUCCUUUUUUUCGCUUUCUCACUCUUGUCAUUUCUUUGAACUGUACCUGUCAAGUGGCUAGGGAGAAUUUAACAAGGAGAAUUCUAGGAUUGUGUGAGUGAAUAUGCAUGUAUACCCUAAUGUGUUGCCUUAUCAUCAGAAGAACCAUUAUAAUGUAAAUAAUUUAUUAGCAUCAAAAAGCCAGGUCCCAGAGAGCUGCUUGUCACACCUGGGAGUGCAUUCCCUGUGCAGAGCCCGUUGACCUGAACAUCUUCAAGUGUAUCAGAACCACCUGCCUAGGCAGUAUUUGUGCCUUUACCCCAGCAUGGGCAGCACAUCUGUCAGCAUUACAGUCACAGUCUCUAGUUUGUCUCCAGGACAAAACUGCCACAAGUCAAGGUGAUUCAGUAGCCUGCAUCCUCCCUGCAAGAGUGCCCUCUGAGGGGUCUAGUGUGAUGCCUGCUCCCUUGCUUAAUGAUUUCACAAGCUCUGCAAAAGCCUUUUAAGACAGUUUGGGGAAAAUGUGUGGCUCCUCCUUAAACAGAAACUUUCAUGAUGGCCUCACAGCAAAACUAGACUGCUAACAGCUUUAAAAAAUUACUGCCUUAAGAUAAACUCAUGAUUAUGGUUCUUAUAGUAACAGUUAUGGCAGUAGUCUGUGGGUGAACUAUUUGCUUCACUGCUAGAUGACAAUUUAAAUAGUAAUUUCUAUUUCAGCAACAGAUACGUUGCUGUAACUGUCUGUGCCAAGAAGUUUAUCUCAAAUCUAUGGCUGCACUGUCUUCUUUUUUUUUCUGAAUAGGAUGCUCAGUAGUGCUCCAUUUCACACAGAUCCCUAGGACAGCAUGAUGGGAGGGGGAGAGAGGAAAUGAAAAUGACUUCUUAGCAGCCUGCAUAUGUGUGCAUAUACAACUUUUCAUGAGAUACUUGAGCUGCUACUACACUAAAAUCCUUAAUUUGAAAUAUACAGUUUAAGCCCCUUGGUAAACUGCUAGUUAAGUUAUUCUGUCGCUCUGGAAGUCACCUGGAAGACGGUAGUCCUGUCAGUCUGUCUUAUUCCCUGGAUACUGGCUCCUGCAUUCAUGCAGUGAAGAGGCUUGAAAAAACAUGAUUGCAUUAAAUUGGAAUUCACUGGUAGGUGACACUACUUAUGAAGCACAUCAAGGUCUAGACUAAAUUUAAUAGCUUCAUACUGAAAAAUAUAACACUGUUGUGAGAAGAACUUUAUGUAGUACCAAGUGCUUGUGCACCUGCAUUUCAUGUUUUGGCAUAGGAUUUGAGUUGGCAGUGUUUUCAAGAUGCUAGUGUAUGUCUCAUUGUUCUACAUUGAGAUCAUCGUUUGGAAUGAGCUCAGGAACUUGACUCCUUGUGCUGACUGGAAAGCUGCAUCCUCUGAGCUAGCCUCCUGCCUCAGAUGGAUAGGGUGAUACCUGUUCAGUGCCUACCUAUAAAUGGUGGGGAGAAUGAUGAUGACUCUGACCAGAACUGGAAACCACCAGAAAAUAGCCUGAUCCAGAAGUUAAUAGCACAGAUUGAAUAUUACUUCUCAGAUGAGAACCUUGAGAAAGAUGCCUUCCUUCUAAAGCAUGUCAGAAGAAAUAAGAUGGGCUAUGUCAGUGUUAAACUCCUCACUUCUUUUAAGAAAGUGAAACACCUUACCCAUGACUGGAGAACCACAGCCUACGCACUGAAGUACUCGGACUCUCUUGAGCUCAAUGAUGAUAACAAAAAGGUUAGAAGAAAUACUCCAGUUCCAGUGUUUCCAAGCGAAAACCUCCCUACCAGGAUGUUACUGGUGUACGAUAUCCACAUGGUUUCUGAACUGCAGGCUCUUAAACAAGAAAAUGGAUUCAUGCAAGAAAGGAUAAUGGAGUAUCUCCUCAAGGCCUUUGUAACUUUUGGUGCAAUUUCAUCAGUUCGUAUUCUCAAGCCUGGUAAGGACCUACCACCUGAUAUCAGGAGGGUCAGCACUCGGUACACCCAACUGGGAACUCAGGAGUGUGCAAUUAUAGAGUUUGAAGAAGUAGAUGCUGCUGUAUGUGCUCACGACUUUAUGUGUGCUGAGAAGAAAGAGACCGGCAUGAAAGUUGCCCUAAUAGGCACGAAACCUCCAAAGAAAAAAGUUCCCAAAGACAAGAACCGUGGUGAAGGUACCAGAAAGGGUCUUAAGAAGGUUAAAUCCCUUAAUAAGAGAGUUGAGGAACUUCAGAUAGUUGGUGAUGAAUCUUCAGCAAACAGCUCUUCUGACCCAGACAGUAAUCCUACAUCACCACUGUCAGGACGCAAAAGUACUGCAACAAAUACUACACGUAAUUUGAGCCCAGUCAUUCACACAAAUGACCGUUUGAGUCCUAACGUGUCACCCAGAACAAGUCCUUGGAACAGUCCAUCUUCAUUAAGAAAAGUAACCAAAAAGUCUCCUCUGGCUGAAGACCGCAAGCUUAACCCAAGCACUAGCCCUGAAAUUCCAAGGAAGUGUACAGAUUAUUCCUCGGAUAGCAGUAUCACUCCUUCUGGUAGCCCCUGGGCACAGAGAAGAAAAGCUCAAACUCUUUCACAAGAGAAGAGUCCCAUCACUAGCCCCAUAUUGGUUCAGAAAAUACAAAAAGCAGAUGGUCUACCUGUAGGGGUGCUGCGGCUGCCUAAAGGCCCUGAUGGCACUAAAGGAUUCCACAACGGAUGUGAAAGAAGGAAGGCUAUGAAGGAAGCGUAAAUUAUUCUUUAAAAACGAUCUUACAAGUCAGGCAACUGCUUUUGUUCAAGCCUGGUUAAGAAUUGUCAUUUGAAUGACUGAAAUAAGUCAGUAUUUAACUGUAACAGAUUCUGUAUUCAUACAGAGACUUAAUCAUUUGUAUAUUUGUAUAUUCAUUUCACAGAAUCCCAGAAUAGUUGAAGUUGGAAGGCAUCUCCGGAGAUGAAAUCCAGUCCACCUCCUUUGCUCAAGCAGGGUCCACAACAGGUCACUUACUUAGGAUUUUGAAUAUCUGCAAGGAUAGAAACUCCCCAGCCUGUUUGGACAGUGUGUGCCUAUGUUCAACCAUCCACACAGUAAAAAAGUGCUCUGUGCAGGUGGAACUUGCUCUGUUUCCAUUCAUGCCCCUUUUCCUGUUACUAGCUGUAGCUAAGAAAAGCCUAGCUCCAUCUUCUUCACUCCUUCCCAUCAGAUAUUAGAAACAUUGAGAUCUACCCCCUGAGCCUUCUCCAGCUCUCCAGGUCUCUCACAGGAGAGACACAGCCUCAAUCAUCUUGUGCACUUACCUAAUGCAGUGCCAAUACCUGCAUUACUACGUUUUUAAUGUAUUAGUUUGAAAUUCCAAAAUAUAGAAACAGACAUAUAAAUCAUUAAUGUAACUACAUUGUUUGCAAAGCUAUAAUCCUGAUGAGCAGUGUGUAAAUACAGUUGAGUGGUUGUAUUAUGAUAAGCUGUGGUAUGUUACCAGUCUAAUCGUAAGGAGUAGAAGUCUUGAAGACUGUUUCAGAAAGAAUUCUGAGAAACUUACAAUGCAGUAAGCAGUUGCUCCCUGCUUGCUUACAUCUCCAAAGACAGCCGGUUUAGUAGGACCAAAGUGUGUAUUUUCAUGCAAUGUGAACAGAGACUCUGAGCACUAGAGACUAUUCUCUAAGUGUUCUCUCACAUAAUCAGAUGGAAAUAAACAAAAAUAUUAACUUGG